CAUAACCACAUUUGUAAAUCACACAGGCAUACUUGAUGUCAUUAGACAAUCUUUGUUAUCGCAGGGGAAAAUUAAAGUAAAACCACUUUUUCAAUUGAGAAGGACUUUAUAACAGCAUAAAAAUAUCUCCCUCAUCUGAGGGUGACAAGAGAAAUGUAUUGGCCAAUGUAUAGGCGACUUUUUGUGUAACGACGACGAUGAAAAUUAUAAUGUUUUCAGAUUCUUAAUGUGUUUUCACCUGAAACAAUUAAGAGGGGGAGCAAAGGGGCCAGAGUCAAUUUAAAAACAAGAGGUUUGAAAAAAACUCAGUUCCUAAAGGCAAAUACUGCUGGUGACUUUAACCAGCUAUUCAAGCUGUCAAUCACAAAGUCAAACCAACCAAUCACGAACCCCCCAAGUCUCAAUCCAGCCAAAUUGCUAGGCCUGUCAAUUACGUGAUACCAAUUAGCGAUUGGAAGUUUUUGUUUGCGCGUUAGGUUGUUUGAGGUUUAUGGCUACACGAUAAGAAAGCUUUUUAAGAAAGAGAAACUAACGAGUAAUAACAGCAUAAUAUUAAGGAUCAUGGCUUUACUGAUACGACAUUGACAAGUAAGAAAAAACCGCCAAUGGAAAACGCAAGCUUCGAAGAAGACGCGGUACCUUAUGGCGACAAAAAGUUCCAGAUUCCUGUGGUAUGCGCCCUGGUUUUGGAAUUGCUUUUUGGUAUGACUUCGUGCUUCAGCGUUGUUUAUAUUUACUGGAAAAGACGACAUGUUCGAAGCGUUGCCAAUAUGUUGAUAACAAAUCUAGCGACUGUGGACCUUGCAACGUGUUGCCUCGGAAUUCCUGUAACAAUAGCAAGAGUAAUUGACUUUGAGAACAACCAAGUUUUAUUUUGUUUAGCGCAUGAGGGUCUGACUUCGGCGUUACGAAACGCGUCUAUUGUGACUCUGCUUCUGAUAUGUUUUGAUCGUUACGAAUCGAUUAGGAAUCCAUUUCGGAGAAGGCUUAACUUUACAAAGGCACAAAAAUCAAUGUUGCUACUAUGGAUAUUCGCAUGGAUGACUUUCAGCGUCCCCUUUAUUGAACACGGUCUACGUUCUACCACACCAGUUACACGCUCUUGUACGUCGAUGUUCACACAUGGGGGAUACAAAUUCAGGACUUACUAUUUCCCAGGGUUUCUUCUUGUAACUAUCAUAAGUCUUCCAUGUUAUUGGAAAAUUUCUCAAGCCGCCUUAUCAAGAAUUCACAUUCAAGCUAUUGUUGUGCGAGCGGCAUUUCUUGUUAAACCAGCUUUCCAGGUGUCACCAGAAGGCGAAAAUCCCGCGAAAAAUUCCCGCCAAAGAGAGUGGCGGGUCGCGAAAAUGACAGGCGCAAUCAUGUUUUCCGUUUGUGUACUAUGGUUCCCUUAUAUGCUACUGACUUUCGUUAUAAGUUUUUUAAAGCCGAGCUUAACGCUAGCCAAGCUAGAGAUCUCGUUUCUUAUUCUCGGCUACUUGAAUUGUACAUUGGAUCCACUUUUGUAUGCAUUUACAAAACAAAAGUUCAGAAAUGCAUUUUGGAGAACUUUGCCUCAAUUUACGCGGAAUGGUAGAGUUUAAGGUCUAUAAAGGAAAACAUAAUUUCGAGAUCUAAAAUCACAAUUAUAUAGGUGCAUAACUUACAAAUGAAAUUAUAUUUAAAUAUUGUUGCUACGUUAGUGAAAAAGCAAUUAACAAUGUUUAUCAUGAAGAGAACUCUGGGACACCAAACCACAGAAUGGAAAAACAGAGAGAGAAAAUAAAAAAAAAAAUGAUAUAUACAAAAAUGCUUGAUAGAUAAUGCUUUGAGUUGCUUGAUGGUAAAACAAUGAUUUGAGCAGUCUUCGGUGGUAAUCCCCGCCUAAACCCUUUGCAAAUAAUCAUUACCACACAACACAAUCGCAUCGAGAUUGAAACCGAAUAUAAAAUGAGCUGAGCCGGACUCAUACAUAGAUAUGAAAAAGGCAAAUUUGUUUAUCUAAAGUUCCUAUAUCUAUCUUUUAACGGCGGCAGGAAGUACUAGGCUGAAAACAGUCAAAACAAAAUGCAAAAUACACGGAUAAAUAUCAUUAUCUAACAUUUUGAGGCGAAAACUUAAUUACAAAUAGAGCUCCGUAUAGCAGGUGUGCAUCGCCGAAAGGGCGAAAUGUGAACAAGUUAUUAGACUGAAGCACUUUUAUAAGGGCAGAAAUCAGCAUUGUUAGGGAAGAAAAAUAUCACUAAGGAACUACUGACAAAUCGAGACUAAAAGUCCCGUCUUUUUAAAUAUGAGUUAUUAGAAAUUUCUGUGGUUCAAAUAGCAUUUUUAUUUUUUAAUCUUUAUUUUCUAAAUUCUUGAAACAGAAUCUAGGACUUGACAUUUCUAUCUCGCUGAAAUUUGCAUACACUUUGUUUUUAUAAGAACGUCUAAUUUUUAGUUAGGUUGGGCCGUUCUUAUUUUUAGAGUAUUUAAUGCAGAAUAUGCUCUUAACGAUGUUGAUUUUAGUGUAUAUAAGAAUAUAAUACCCAAUGAAUUAUUAGGAAGAGAAUUACACUAAUGGCAAAUAGCAAUAAUAAGGUUAUUGCUAUAAGCACAAUUUCAUUCAGCAUUUUAAAACUCAUCUGGACAAGAAAAUAAUUUUUUUCUGUUAUCUGAGCCUCGGAAUGUUCUUAGCAUGUUCUUAAAAUUUGGUUAAAUCCCCGGCUGGAUGUUCUUAUAAACCACUUUGCCAUCUUUAGUGACUAUAAGAGACAAUUAAGAAAGUAAGAUCGAAUGGCAAAUAAAAAAUGAAAAAUAUGCUAUCCCAAUAAAAUUAUCAAAGAAAAAAGGAAUUGGACAGAAAUGGGAAAAAGGAAUUUUGCUUUUCUGGUGUAAUUGUUUUCAAAAUACAGCGAAACAGUAACAGUUGCAGAAAACAACACAAAACAUUCUAUUCAAGUCUUUCAAGGGAUUUCUAUCGCCCUCAGGCAAAAUACGCCACCUUAACUCUUCUUUUUAUGUGUAUUUUACGAAGGACAUUACCCUGUU